UUUUAAUGGAAAAAAACUUUCUUUUUUUCAUAAAUUCUGUUUAACCAGACAGCUUUAGAAAUGACAUAGCCUACGCUACUAUUUGAAAAAUAAACGUAAAAGCAACGCUUGGUUGACCAGCUCGUUCGACAACGUGGGACAGUUCCCUGCUUUGUGUUCGUUUGGGUUAUCUGAAAGGGUGCACUUCCUGGAUCUGAUGCGCACCCGGUUCCACCGCGCAAGGGACGCCGCUCCAAUCUAUCCAGCCUCGUGGGUCAGGUAGCCAGCUUCUUAUCUCAAAUUACAGCGAACGCGCACGGUUCAGUUCUCCUCGUGGACAGGCGUCGGGCUCGGGACAGCGCACGGAGCGUCGAGCUCAUUCUAACAGGUGGUAAGCGGUUUCAGGUGGAGCUCAAAGGGAGGUGUGCAGUUCAUCUCACCGAGCCUCCGUAGCUGCAUCUGCCCGACCAGUGCAUGAGCUCCAACGAACUACUUGCUCGGAUAUCCUAUAUUUACUAGCAGCCUGAUUGAUGUUUGAUUUAAGCUGUACGUUUUGCAGUAUAGGGACAGUUACUCCCAAUUAGCCUGCAGCUCCAGCAUACAGGUGGGCGAAAGCCGUUUCUAGGACUGCCUCCUCUUUCAGUUCCUCAAUAGGAGAGACGCGGGACUGUCAUUUAUUUGUCAUCCUUUGGGACAGAGGAAACGGCUCGGGCUCAGUUAACAGGUGCGAGAAUAGGGAAAUACGCUGGCGUUAAGGCGCGUGCGGCACGCUGUUUGGGCAUUUGACUAACAUUUAUAUUUACAGUCGUGGCACAUUAGGACCUGUAUUCAUAUAUAUCUCGCUCACAAAUAGCAUUUUCGAAGCCUCUUUCGUUUCGGAAGGAGUUUUUUUGAAAGAGACAACGCCAUGACGACCAAAAAACGAACGGAUUUAACGAAAAGGAGCCGAAGCCCCGCGGUGUCCGAAGGCGAAAUGUUUGGGGAUUUUCAAGAGUGGUGCCUCCGCACUUACGGCGACUCCGGCAAGACAAAGACGGUCACCCGGCGAAAAUACAACAAAAUUCUCCAGACCCUUUUGCAGAACGACGACCCGGAGGGCGUCUAUGUCGAAAGCAGCCACAUCAACGCCAAAUUCAAGUUCUGGGUGAAAUCCAAAGGUUUCCAGGUGGGAAGCACUGACCGCGAGCAGAACGAGAACGGGGCAGCUGACAGACCGGUCCUGUACGUCCCCAUCAAAGCAACGUGUGUGGAUGGAGGGUCAGGACAAGAGAGCUCAUCUCUGAAGAGAGUCGCAGUGGUGGAGGAUUUCUAUGACAUCAUCUAUGCCAUGCACGUGGAGAUCAGCGCCGACCCGGCCAAAGCACCCAAACACGCCGGGCAGAAGAAAACAUAUAAAGCUAUAGCAGAGACAUACGCGUUCCUGCCUAGAGAGGCGGUGACCCGUUUCCUGAUGAGCUGUGGAGAAUGUCAGAAGAGGAUGCACAUCAGCCCCAGCGGUGCAGAGUUCAAAGAGAACAAUCAACCAACCCAUCUGUCCGCCGACCUCAUCGACUACAACAUGCCCCUCACGACAACCUACCUGAAACAAAAGAAACUGCAAUGCAUGAACAGCAACAAGCAGGAUGAGUGUUCAGUGAGUAGCGAGGAGUUUGAUAUGAGUGACCCCACAUGGAUAUCAGCUGAACGUCACGCCGCACUGUCAGACCUGAACAACCCGUCCAGCACUGAGAGGAUGCACAGCCCGCAAAACGCUCACAAGGACGAGGACGAUGAUUCAUCUUCUGAAAGUGGAAAUGGAUUGCACACAUUGACUCCUCCCUCUGUGAGCGUGGCCGGCGCGAGUGACAGCGUGGGCACAGGACCUGGAUCAGGCUCUUACGCCGAGGUAAACGGGAACGCAAACAGCACUGCUGCACCACUCGACUUUAGCACGACUUCCUCAUCUUCAUCCUCAGAGGACCAGCAACCAGUGAACCUCAGCGAGACACUGGAACAGGCGCUGCCCACCACUGCCGCCAUGCUGGCGACCUUUAACCCCGAGCAUGCAGAAGAGCUGCGCAGAAAAUACCCCAAAUCUUCAGAGCUGCACCUUGACCGAGAUAUCAGGGACUAUAACAAUAAGUCUCCUCAAUACAGUUCAGGGAGUUAUGAUUCAAUAAAGAUGGAGAUAUGCGCUGAAGAUCUAACCGUUGGCCGGUCUCAGACCGCUGAUGAUGACGAUGAUGACCACGAUGACCACGAUGAUAGUGAUAAGAUAAAUGAUGUGGAAGGAGUCGACCCAGAGAGGCUUAAAGCAUUUAAUAUGUUUGUACGUCUGUUUGUGGAUGAGAAUCUGGACCGGAUGGUGCCAAUCUCCAAACAGCCUAAAGAAAAGAUCCAAGCCAUUAUUGAAUCGUGCAGCCGCCAGUUCCCGGAGUUCCAGGAGCGUGCACGCAAACGCAUCCGCACCUACCUCAAAUCUUGCCGUCGUAUGAAGAAGAACGGCAUGGAGACUCGACCCACGCCCCCCCACCUAACCUCAGCCAUGGCGGAGAACAUUCUAGCAGCCGCCUGCGAGAGCGAAUCACGCAAAGCUGCCAAAAGACUGCGGUUGGACGUCUACCAGGCACACGAGGAAGCGCUCGAUAAGCCCGUCUCCCGCGAGCCCAUCUCUCUGGCCCACUCUGCGUACUCGCUGGCAGCCUCAGCCUACUCCCAGGACCAGCUAUACAUUAAUGGAGGCCUCAACUACAGUUACCGUGGUUACGGCGGACUGUGUGGCAGCAUUCAACACCCUGUAUCCCUGACAACAGCUACUGCCCAGACCAAUGGUCCUACUGAUCUCAGUAUGAAGUCUCUGGCCUCCAAUUCAUCCUCGUCAAGCUCCAGUAGUCUCGGGAGGAACGGCGGAGGGGGCGGGACUUCAGCUCAGCUCAGCCAUACAGAGGUGGCUGCGGUGCGACAGCUGAUCGCGGGAUACCGUGAAUCUGCUGCGUUCCUCCUCCGAUCGGCAGACGAGCUGGAGAACCUCAUACUACAACAGAACUGAACUUCUCACUCUCUUUCCUCAACGCCCACUCUCUCUCUUUCUAAACACAUCUCACUGGACCACAGGCUGCGUCCUGCACAUGGAGCUUUCAUAACCAUCAUCAUCAUUAUCAGAUGUUUCUGAUCACAUCAGGCUCGAUUGAGAGAGAGAACAACACAGCUCCAUCAAGCUUUCACUUUCAUUUCAGCUUGUUGGAGCUUCUCGUCGGGCGAGAGGAGAUGAACGGGAGAUGAGGCAGAGGUACGGAUGAGUUACCGUGGCGAUGGGAGAGGAGCUCCGAAGGACACUGCAGUGCUGCUUUAGCGAGGAGAAGCUUGUGAUUGGACGGUUCCGUGUGUCUGUAUGCACUUCAUAUUGAUUCAUGCCUUCUCCUUGCAUUUACCCUCCGCUCACUGAAGCUCCGCCUCCCUGCCCCUGUAAGAGCCAUUGAUUUCAGAUGCUCUUUUCCUUUAGCUGUUUCAAAGGAGGUCCUACGGCACACCAAUCCUCCAGAUGGCACUAACAAAAUGAAGACGCUUUUCGAGGUGUAAUGGAAAGAAGGUAAAAAAAAGAGAAUGAAGAAAACUGAGAGACAUUUGUAUUUGCUGUAAAUAAGCACUCGCUGUGUCCUGAAGCACUUUUCCAUUUGUUCUGACCUCUGAACAUGUAACUUAUGCAUUUAGAUAUGCAGGUGGAAGAUCACCUGGAAAUACCUCAGCCUGUCUGUUCUGCUCUCUCUCUCCCCCAGCGUUCUCCCUCUCUGUGUGGGGGAGAAGAAAACGAUCACCCGUCCGUCCUCAGCUUUACGGUCCACCCUGAGAUUUAGCCAUUGAGAGCAGAGAGUAGGGUGGAUUUGUUUCUGUGGUUCAAAUGCAGAUUGUUUCUAUUCUCCAAACGCUGCAAAACAUUUUCUUAAGCAGCAGUUUUGUUUUACAGCUAAAAUAUCCUAAAAACCAUAAAAAAGACCUUUUUCCACAACGUAUAUGUUCAAAUUUCUUUUUCUGUUCCUACUGGCGUUUUUGGAGCAUUUUUGCCAGUGAAGAAAGUAAAGUCGAUUAAAGAUAUAUUCUCUGCUUUUACGUAAACAAUCCUUGUUUUAAGGAUAUAUGGAUAUUUUUACUGGAACGCAAAACGGAGAUUUUGUUGCACUGCAAAUCGAUAUCUUAUUUAGUAUUCUUUUCUUGUUAUCCAGUACAAAUAUCUGAAGAUUAUUGAAUCAAGAUACAAUUACUGGAGAUAAGAUAAGUCUCGUUUUCUACACGUUUAUGCCUAAAACAAGCAAAAUAUCCGCCAGUGGAGUAAAAAAAAUCGACUUAAUUCAAGUUUCUUGAUUUAACAAACUUCAUUAAAACCCAUUGACAGAUAUUAAUUUCACGUUUUAAGCAUAAGCGUAUUUAAUUUUGAUAUUUUCUUUCAGUAAACAAGAAGCCAAUGUAUCUUGAUUUAAAAAUUGUGAGAUAAUUGUAUUGGAAACGCAACACAAAGUAAGACGUUUAUUUUUGCAGUGUGCAUUACGUUUUGUAUAUAUUCCGGUCCAUUUCAAGGUAUCGAUGUCAUGAACACACUAAACUUAAACUUCAAAUGGAAGGUUGGACUUUUUUGGACAGAAUGAAGUGUUCUGAUGAGGUUGACUGAUAUAAUCGACCGGGUCUUUUUGGGACAUGGGCCGUACCCUUUCCGAAUGCAUUUGAACCUGUCGAAAACAGUGUACAGGUGCCAGCUCGCUCUGUUCCCUCUCUACGGGUCACUCCUCGUUUCUAUACUGUGCCCUUCUGUUUCUCAUCUCCUCCUCCGCCUGACUGUAUUCUGGGGGAAACAGAGAUGGAAGGAGGUCGAAGGUGUUAGUCUUUUUAUCUGUUGACUCUUCUUUAUGGCCAUUAAUACACUCUGCUGCUAUGGACUCGGUUAUAACGCCACAGACCUGAAACCUCAAGCCUCCCAACACAACCAGAGCACCUCAACACGAAACGUACCCAGGCAAAAAAUGAACGAACGAUGGGCAAAAAACAGAAACGGGAUGCCAAAAUAUUUGGAGGGAAGAUUUAAAACUGCCAUGUUUUGCAUUCUGGUCGUUUAAGACAGAAGGCUGCUUUUGUUUGCUUUGCCAGCUUUUUUUUACAUGUUUGUUUUAGCGUUCAAGUGCUUCAGCGUGUGCUUCUAUGGGAAGAUCAGUGGUGAGCAACUUGUCAGAAGAGCUUGGCGCACACACGCAUACACACACAUUCGGUCACGCUCUUUAGUGAAUUGCAUAUAUUGCAGGACAGGUAAAAAAUGCUUAUUUAGUGAGGUGGAACGGUUCAGGAACUGACGGAAAUGUCACUGUAAUUUGCUCCAUACGCACACGGAGGCAGUGCUAAUCUGAGGGGGUUUAUUGCACUGCUGGUGGGGGAUGGAGAAAGAAUAUCGCAAUGCAGAUGAUAAUCAAAAGCAUUCCUGGCCCUAAAAGAGAAAGACUAAUAUAUUAAAGCUGCCACGACCCCCACCGAGGAGCUUCCUGAAUCAUCGGACAUGCAUUUAACCCUGGUUACGUACACGACGGGUGUGAUUGAAAUCCAUGAUGGUGUGCUGUGUUUCUUGGAAACGCUUGUGCGUGUGGAUUAAGCGACCGCGCGAGUGUGUGACCAGAGACAACACUGCCGCCUUAAACAUAUUUGUGUGCAAUUUUGACACCCCGUCCAAAACACAGACACACAUGCGGCAUUGAUUUCUUGGAGCGAAUUGAAAUGUAUUGUAUUAUAUUUGUAAGAGUUCUUGGUAGACCGAAGCGUCCAGCCCUCCUGAUUUUUGAUUAGAAUGCCGCCGUUGAUGUAAAAAAAUAUGCAAAAUUGUCAGCGCCAGGCCUCUCAUCACUGUGUUGAGCUUAUAGCGUGUCUACGGUCUGAUCUGUCUGUUUAAUGUCGCUCUGGCCACGUCUUAUUCGCUUUGUUUCAUGUAUUCAUCUCAGGAGAGAAUGUAUGACGUAGAUGAUGUCGAAAAAAUCCACUGUGGUUCUUCUUAUGAAUAUUGGGUUGUCGCGAAAACACGUCUAGGUCACAUUUCAGCUCAACACUUAAAAAAAUUAUAGAUAAAAGCUUACGAAGCCUCAAGUUUAUUUUGCAUUUUGACAUCGAUAUUUUCUUAACAAUCAAGCACAUUUUUACCCACCCACCCACACACGUUCUCAGUAAUGCGAAUUUAGAAAUCUGAGACAUUAUUAUUAUUUUGUUAUGUUAGAAAAAGUCUGUGAUACAUAUUUUUUAUUAAAUGACCAUAAAUAGUACAACAGAUACUGUCACAUGAGUAUAAAUGCUGAUUUUAUGUGUUACACCAGUUGGGAUGGGGAAAAAAAGCUUAAUUGUCAUAAAAAGAGACACAAUUUAAAGGUUAUAAAAUACGCUUUAUUGUCUAUAAGAAAAACAACAAAAUUGUUUUGGACAUGCUGUUUUUCAUAUUUGAAGAGUUUCAUUGAGGAAAAAUCCUCUUUUCCAAUUUUCUUGGCUAUUUUUGUGUUUUCGCUCCAACGUUAUUGUCCUGUCACAAGUAGAGCCAUACAGAUGUUGAGAGGUCAAGUUAUGGAAAGAGAUUCCAGCUGCUGUCCGUUCUUUUCCUGCCUCGGUCAUCUCUGUCUCUCAUUGAGAUCUGAUAUGGGUAUGAAUCCCACUGCCUGUUAAACCGACUGUCAAACGCCGUCGAAUAUACGCCAACCUCACAUGCCACUGAGCUCUUUUGUGGAUUUAUAAAAACAUACGACGGUAAACGUUUGUGACUUGAACCUGGGACUGCUUAACGCAUCUGAGGAGAAGCUGAAAAGCGAACCGUUCAUCUGUUUGUUAUGGGCUUCUUCUCUCCAGCUCACUCAAGGACAGCUACUGAACUACAAACUGUAAAACAAGGCAAACGACAAUCUCGAAAAAGGUGUAACUAGUUGACAGUUUUGUUCUGGCGCUCUGUGUUGUGUGUGUACGGUACAGCGCGUCAGGAGGAGUGAGGGGUAUUUUAGCCAUAAUCAGACCAUCUCUCACUCUCAAACGCGACUUCUGUGGCCCACUGUCAAAACCUUUUUAUCCUGUUUUUAUUCUGGUUAUCUUGAUUAUUUUGUAAUUUUUUUGUAUCGCAAGUGGUCUUUACAGAAAUGUUUUGUAACAAUACCAACAUCACAUAUGAAGUUGUCCUGUAUGCCUAUACAUUCCAAACAAGGAUGUCAACAUGCCAGGCAGCCAGCCAAACCAAGGUCACAUCGGAGUGCAGAUACACCAAGAGCGACCUGCUCGAGUGCUCUCACAAUCUGCAUCCGUGCAUUAGAUUAGCUAACAAAGUAGUUUAAGUUAUAGAUGUUAGCAACAGUAUUAUUCACACAUGCCAAGAACUUUAAUCUCGGUACUGUAUUGGCUGAAAGUUUUGUUUUGGGAUAUUUGGGACAGUAUCUAUUUUUUUCAUUUUGCUGAGCUGUGCCUUUAAAAGGGCUUAACUGAAUUGAUUGUUAUGUAUGUAUGAAGGAGUAGUUCACCUUCAAAAUGAAACUUCUGUCAUCAUUUACACGCCCUCUUGUCAUUUCAAACCUGUAUGCCUUUCUUCUGCAGAACACAAAAGAAGAUAUUUUGAAAAAUGCCAGUAGCAGAACAGCACAGCCCCCCAUUCACUUCUAUUGUAGCCAAUGCAAGUGAAUGGGGGGCUGUUAACAACAUUCUUCAAAAUGUCUUUUUUGUGUUCUGCGGAAUAAAGAAAGUCAUACAGGUUUGAAAUGACAAGAGGGUGAGUAAAUGAUGACAGAAUUUUGAAGGUGAACUACUCCUUUAAUUGUGUAUUAGGAACCCCCUCAGCUCUUUUAUGUCCUGUCAUAGUACCUCUGUAUUUUUUUGAUGGGUUAAACCGCAAUCUACUGUGAUCUUACAUACGAGUAAACAGCCCAUCCGUCAUGUGUUAAAGACGCAUCCCCAGUCCCAUUCGAACCCUUUACUCAAACACAUCACAUACACGGAUGGUCAUACGGGUUCUGGCUUUGCAUUCAGGUGUGACGCUGGUUAUGGUUGUUGCUAAACUACACAAUUUUAAAAAAGUUGUCCGGUGUCAGAUAUGAAGCUCUGAAAAAAAAUUAAAACAACUUUUUAUUUUUCUACCACAGUGGUGUACAAGCUGCAUUCAAAUCAAUGUGGUUCCCUGUUUGAGUUUUUUAGCAUUUGUUGGUGCUUUGGAUGUUUUCCAAUUUCAUUUUUCUUCUGAUGUCUCCUACUGUAUACAGAGCUGCGGAUGUCAGCGCUGGUUUUGAUAUGUAUCUAAUACCAAUGUGAAACUGUCUCUUUCCUCCUCAUUUUGGACUCAGUGGAAGUGUGAUGUUUACAUGUACAGAUUUUUGAGAUUUUCUUUCUUUUUUGUUUGUUUGCUAUGUUUACUUUAAAUGCUUUCCCUUUCUCCUUUUCAGACAUUGCUUGAUUUCAUCCGAUUCCUUUAUAAGUAAGGGAAAUGGGACUUGCAGCGUCAAGUUUAGACAGGAUAUCUGUCUAGGAAAUCCCAUUAAAUCAAUGCCUUCAGGCGAACCUUAUUCUUCUUCUCAAACUGCUGUCAACACAAAAGGAAGAUUUUUCCUCUGUCCAUUAAGGAGAACGUGGCCGUUCGUUGGUUAAUGAUUAAAAGCCAUUAUCGCACCCUUUAGCGGGGGCAGACAUCAAGUAUUAGAGUACAAGAACAGCAGAGUAUAAUCCUCAGGUAACUAAUUACUGUUUUAUAGUUGAGAAAGUCGUCUUAUUGGCAACCCCAUUUCCCUGUUUAAUAACCAUAAUAUAUAUCAAACUAAUCUUUUUUUAUAUUUAUUGUGUUAUAUAUAUAUAUAUCGUGAAUACUUUUUUCGGUACAUGUGGCUAAAUAUUUUAAUUCUUUAGAAGUGUUAAUAAAAACAUAUGUGAAGCUACGAAGGGACUGAAUGAAAAAAAUCAGUUUUUGUUGUUAAAUGCAAAACAGCAUGGGUGGCUCCUAACAUAUCACUUUCAUUAAUGAAAACCAAUGAUUUGAGAUUAAGCUUUCUCCAGUGGGACGUCACUGCGAAGAUGUCACAGAAUAUGACAUUGUGACCUUUUUUCCUCCCAAGCUGUACAUCACAAAGCUAAAUAUACUAAUAAAACAGUGUGCUAUAUAUCAAACAACUAGUAGCUCUGUUUUUGUCCAAAGGAAUCAGGCAUACGUAUGUGAGUGUAUGUACAGGCUCCUACACAAAAUUGCUCCACAAUGAUGGUAAAAGUCUUAACCACCGUUAUUAUUAAACUAACUCAUA